UUUGAUGAGCAAAGAAUUCACGCUUCUCGAUGCCUGAAAACAAAUUCCUUUCCCUCGACCAUAAAAUUUCUUUAUUUUAUCGCGAUGGAAAAUAUUUUUUUAAAAUCCAAUUGAAUCACGUAGUUUAUAUUUUCCGCAUCCGAAUUCUCCCACUCUUUCUCUCGCUCUCUCUCUCUCUCUCUCCAAAACGGGAAAUAUUAGAGCCCUAAAAUCUCGAUCUGGUUGUCCGGAAAUCGAUGAGCUCACACUGAAAAAAUUAGAAAAAAAGAGCUCAGUUGACAUCUCCUACCUAACAAAAAUGACAUUCCGUCUGUUAAUCGUCGCCGUCCCUGAAAGGAGCAUACGAUUUGGAUGUCUCUGAUCUUGCUGUCCGUGCAUGCCAAGCUUCAGUGCAUACCUGGCCACCACCGGAAACCGCCUCACAUAUGUGUGCGGGGAUGAUAUCACGAGGGCAGGAAUUGUAAAUUUUGCUGGAUGCUUGUUAGGCGCAGGUGGAUAAAUGCAUGUUCCCGGGGAUCUAGGGUUUUCGAGCCUGGUCCUUCUGCUAUGUGUGGUGCUUCCGGUGAUCGGCUUUGUAAUUCGCCGGAAAUGGCGGCUUUCUGCCGCCAGGAAAGAGGAGAUCAAGCGCUUGUUGAUUUUGGCUUCUGAGGAGGCUGCUAGGGCCGAGCUUGAGGCAACGGUUUCGUACGGCGCGGUUUCUGUUUCGAGGAAUAGCUAUCAGUGUGCUGUUUGUUAUUGUCCGACCACUACACGUUGUGCCCGGUGUAAAGCUGUGAGAUAUUGUUCUGGUAAGUGUCAAAUUAUUCACUGGCGACAAGGUCAUAAGGAAGAAUGCUGUCCUCCUAGUGCUGCUUAUCACAUUAAUGACGAUGGAGGCUGUUCUUCUCAGAAUGUGGCCAAAGAAAACCAAUAUGAUAUGCAUGGUGACAUAUAUGGAAAUGCACCAGUUCAAACAUCCUCUGAGGGACCUGUGCUAUCCGAUACUGGUAGUGAUCAAGGAGUUCCAUGCAUAAAAGGUGAUGAUAUUAAAGUCGGUUCUGUUGCAGAUACAGAGGGAACCUCUUCUAUUUCAGAAUCAUUGGACACUUCAUUUUCUGGCUUCUCUACUUCACCUAUUGGCAGUGAAUCAUCUGAUGAUGUUUCUGUUGGUGGAAGUAUGAGUUCAAAUGGUGUUUCCGUUAAUGAUAGUAUCAGUUCAAAUGAAUCUGAGGGAUCAGACAUACAAAUAUCAUCUGAUGCUGCACCUGAUGUGGUUGAGUCUGGUUUGAAAAAGGUGGAUCAUACCAAGCCUCUGUCUCCAAAGUUUGUGAGGUUGAUCAAUUCUGUAGAUAGUUUUAAUAAAUUUAGUAAAUUAAAUAGUAGUAAAUCUCUCAGCAAUGAUGGAGAGAGUCAGUGUGCAUCUACUGACAUUCCAGGUCCAAGCAGUAAUACCAUUCACGAUGGUUCAAUAACUCGGCCUGGUAAAGUUUCUCCUGGUUUUUGGGAUAGAAGUCUCAGAUUUGUUGUUACCAGCAAUGCUGUCCAGGAUGAUCCAGAAAUGUCCACUUCCAGAAAAGCAGCUAACAUCAAUUCUGAGUCAUUCCUACAAUUUAAGUUUGAUUUAUCUGGAAGCAACAUUCCUUCUUCGAAUGCACAAAGCUCAGAGAUGAAAGGCAUUAGAUCAGAUAAUGCACAUCAGGCUGUUAUGGAGAGUAGCAGCCCUGUUGAUGGAGCAGUAGUAUCAGAAGACACCUGUGAUAACACUCCAAAGGUCAGGAGGUGCGCAUCUGUGAGCUGUGGGAAGUCUAGUCAUAUGGAUAAUGAAUCUAAUCAUGAUUUGAAUGUGGCAAAGACAACAACGCUUGAAUCUGUUCCAUCAUCCUCUUCCUAUGCUCAUCUACCUUUGAGUAGAGGAGGUGCACAACAUACAGUUGAUUCAAAUGUUUCAGAGUCCUGUGAUCUUAAAUCCCCACCCUUAAGCUCUAACCAAUCAAAUACCAUUGUCAAGGACAUUGGUUGUACUUCACAUGUACCAAAGUCCAGAGUAUCAUCCAGUGCUCUUCAAACCCGUUUGGGUGUUAAGGACAAUGCACAUUCAGUUCUAAGUGUAAAAUCUGAACAAGUUGAUAAUGUUGAAGUUGUUGAUGCUGUGACUACUUCUCCAACUACUAGUGGGCUGAAAUCAUCAAUGAUGCAGAAAGUGGUUGACCAACUCAGAGGGCCUAGCUGUGGAAAAUACAAUAACAAGGGGCUUUUUUCAUAUGAUCUAUUUGUGAAGCUAUAUACUUCGAACAAGGUAGAAAUGCGACCUUGUGGCCUUAUCAACUGUGGUAAUAGUUGUUAUGCAAACGCUGUACUUCAAUGCUUGGUAUUUACCCCUCCUCUGACUGCUUACUUUGUUCAAGGGGUCCAUUCUAAAGAGUGUGUAAAUAAAGGGUGGUGCUUCACUUGUGAGUUUGAAGGUUUAAUUUUGGAGGCAAAAGAAGGGAAAUCUCCUCUUUCCCCAAUCGGAAUACUAUCCCAGCUACAAAACCUUGGAAGUCAACUGGGUAGUGGGAGGGAAGAAGAUGCACAUGAAUUCCUAAGGUAUUCCAUUGAUGCAAUGCAAUCUGUUUGCCUUAAAGAAGCUGGGGUGAAUGCGUUAGGUUCCUUUGAAGAAGAAACCACUCUCAUAGGUCUUACUUUUGGAGGCUACCUUCACUCAAAGAUAAGAUGCAUGAGGUGCCAUUACAAGUCAGAGCGCCAUGAAAGAAUGAUGGAUCUUACUGUUGAAAUAGAAGGGGAUAUAGGGAAGCUUGAAGAUGCACUUAGACGAUUCACAAGUACUGAGAUUCUGGAUGGGGAAAACAAAUACCAAUGCAGCAGAUGCAAAUCUUAUGAGAGAGCCAAGAAAAAGUUGACAAUACUGGAGGCUCCUAAUGUCCUCACAAUUGCACUGAAGCGGUUUCAGUCAGGUAAAUUUGGAAAACUCAAUAAAUCCAUUCGGUUCCCAGAGAUCCUGGAUUUAGCACCAUAUAUGAGUGGCACAAGUGAUAAAUCGCCCAUAUACAGGCUUUAUGGAGUGGUUGUUCACUUGGAUAUCAUGAAUGCUUCGUUUUCCGGUCACUAUGUGUGCUACGUUAAAAAUAUUCAGAACAAGUGGUUCAAGAUUGAUGACAGCACGGUAACGCCUGUGGAACUGGAAAGGGUCUUAACAAAGGGGGCAUACAUGCUUCUUUAUACAAGGUGCUCACCAAGGGCUCCUAGAUUGAUAAGAAACAGAAUAGUAUCCCCCGAUCCAAAAAUGAAAGGCAGUCCGUCCAGAAUUGGUGAGAAGAAUACUGCACUGAAUUCAAUAUCCACAUCUCCUCACUCAAGUUUCGUUCAGUUGCCUCCCAAUUUGAUUCCUCCAGAUAAUUUGGCUAGUGUUGAAUCUUUCUAUUUAAAAUUCCACCGGCUUCAAAGGAUUUUAGAAGAGGACUCAUCAAGCGACAAUUAUUCUUUUACUAGCAGCAAUUCAGAUGAGGGUUCAUGCAGUACUGAGAGCACCCGAGAUUCUACUAGUACUGAUGAUCUUUCAGAUUACAUUUUUGGUGGCUGGAACAAUUCUUGGAGGAAUGCAUCGGAUUCCGACGCUUGCUCAUCGUCCUCUUCUUCCCCCUUGUACUCGGGGCAUUCACCAGAAAGAAGCAGGUCUCGAACUGAUUAUGCAGAUUCAGGAAUGGAGGGUGGUGAUUGGGAUAGGGUACCUAUUGGGAGUAGCAGAUUGGUGGAUUUGGAAGCCAAUGGAGGUGAUCCUUUUGUGCAUUCUGAGGGGAGUAAACAAUGUAGAAAGAUAGGUAGUAGUAGUAAUAGGGGGACUGACUCGGCAAAAUUAGGAAGGGUUAACCCUGUAAAAUCUGGUGUAUCAUUAAGAAGAUCAACGAGCAAAAUAACAGAUUAAGCAUUUUUUAGUCCAGGUAAUUAAGUUAGGUUGGUAAAUAAGAGUUGAGAAAGAGGCGGUUGUAUUUAAUGUACUCUUGUAGCUAGUUGUGUUUAAAGAAAUGAGCCGUCACCAUUUUGUCACCCCCCUUCCCCGGCGGGGGUUAAGGUAAGUUCCUUCUCAAAGAGUGUAUAGUGCUAGGGGCCUUUUCCAUAAUCGAGUCCCAAAGGGUUUCAACUCACUCAAUUGUUUACUUAAGAAGAUGCUAAAUGGUAAGUUACUAUUAAUCACC